CCAUUAAUUAAUAAGUGCACUUUGUGAUUAAAAAUGAGUGAAACACUUCAGCUGAAGGGUACCCUACGGGGACACAAUGGAUGGGUUACGCAAAUUGCGACAAAUCCGAAAUAUCCAGAUAUGAUCCUCUCGUCCUCACGUGACAAGACUCUGAUUGUAUGGAAGCUCACCCGUGAUGAGACCAACUAUGGCAUCCCCCAGAAGCGUCUUUACGGUCACUCUCACUUCAUCAGCGACGUUGUCCUUUCUUCUGACGGUAACUAUGCUCUCUCAGGAUCAUGGGACAAGACUCUCCGUCUUUGGGAUCUCGCUGCCGGACGCACCACGAGGAGGUUCGAAGACCAUACCAAGGAUGUUCUGAGUGUUGCUUUCUCCGUGGACAAUCGUCAGAUUGUUUCUGGAUCCAGGGACAAGACCAUCAAACUGUGGAAUACAUUGGCCGAGUGCAAAUACACAAUUCAGGAGGAUGGACAUGGUGACUGGGUCAGUUGUGUUCGUUUCUCACCGAACCACACCAAUCCAAUUAUUGUUUCUGCUGGUUGGGACAAGAUCGUCAAGGUAUGGAACUUGACUAACUGCCGUUUGAAGAUCAACCACAACGGACACACUGGAUACUUGAAUACUGUCACCGUGUCUCCUGAUGGCUCUCUCUGCGCAUCGGGCGGCAAGGACUGCAAAGCCAUGCUGUGGGACUUGAACGAUGGCAAGCACCUCCACACCCUCGACCACAAUGACAUCAUCACAGCCCUGUGCUUCAGUCCAAAUCGCUACUGGCUCUGCGCCGCAUUUGGCCCCUGGAUCAAGAUCUGGGAUCUCGAGAGCAAGGAAAUGGUGGAGGAACUCAAGCCUGAGGUCGUGUCGACGACGAGCAAGGCCGAACCACCUCAGUGUCUUUCCCUGGCCUGGUCCACUGACGGACAGACCCUCUUCGCUGGAUACUCUGAUCACACAAUCCGCGUCUGGCAGGUGUCUGUGACUAGCCGUUAAAAAACACCUUCAUUUUGUAAAUGAAAAGAUGAAAUAAAAAAUCGCAAAAAAAAUUAAA